GUGAAUCAAACGUUAGGCUGAAAAAGAUCUGCUCUGUGCGCGCGUUUUGCCUCUAAACCGAAGAGACUCAGCAUAACUCAACUACCAGAUCCAAUCACCCAAUCUUUAAUUUAGCCUUUAAGAAUUAAAACAUUCAGAUUAACAAUUUAAGACUUGUCCUGCACAUUAUGGCGCGAGGAGAAGGCGCGGAACAGUUUCCUGUCUCUUUACUUCCUCCAGUUAAACACAUUGGAUAUGAUGAUGUUAGGAAGAGAAAGAAGGAGAAGAAAGGUGUGUCUGUGUGCAGUAAGGUCUGCUUUGCUAUUGGUGGAGCUCCAUAUCAGAUCACAGGAAGUGCUCUGGGCUUUUUCCUGCAGAUUUACCUGUUGGAUGUGGCACAAUUAGAGCCUUUCUACGCAUCCAUUAUCCUGUUUGCAGGACGAGGGUGGGAUGCCAUUACAGACCCCACUGUGGGUUUCCUUGUUAGUCGGAGUCCAAGGACACGACAUGGACGGAUGAUGCCAUGGAUUGUGUUGUCCACUCCAUUUGCAGUGUUGAGUUAUUUCCUCAUCUGGGUAGUUCCUCCAGUUGAGAAGGGCAAAGUGGUGUGGUAUUUAUUCUUUUACUGCUUGUUCCAGUCUCUACAGACGUGUUUUCAUGUGCCUUACUCUGCUCUGACCAUGUUCAUCAGCUCAGAGCAGAAAGAGAGAGAUUCAGCUACAGCGUACCGCAUGACUAUAGAGGUUCUAGGUACAGUUCUUGGAACAGCUAUUCAGGGUCAGAUAGUGGGUGGGGCCAAUGCACCUUGUGUAAACUACACUUCCUUUUUGAAUGACAGCCAUAAUUAUACACAUCCGAGCUCUGAGGUCAACGUCUCACAUGUCACAUUAGAUGAUACGAAACAAGCAUACAUGAUGGCAUCUGGUGCAAUUAGCAUAAUCUACAUCCUGUGUGCUGCUGUACUGUUUUUUGGGGUGCAAGAAAAAGAUAGGAAGUGUGUGAAAGCCGAGCGUUGUUUGUCAUUUGUGGAGAGUCUGAAGCUGCUGCAGAAACACGGGCCAUACGUUAAACUGGUCAUGGGUUUCCUCUUCACAUCCCUGGCCUUCAUGCUGAUGGAGGGAAACUUUGCUCUGUUCCUGACCUAUACACUUGGACUGCGCGACAACUUCCAGAACAUUCUCCUCGUCAUCAUGCUCUCUGGAACCCUCACCAUCCCUCUGUGGCAGCUCUUCCUUACGCGCUUUGGCAAAAAGACAGCAGUCUACGUCGGCAUCUCGUGGGCAAUUCCUUUCAUGAUCCUGGUAGUGUGUAUUAAGAGCAACCUCAUCAUAACCUACAUUGUUGCAGUAGCAGCAGGUGCCAGUGUGGCUGCAGCUUUCCUCCUGCCAUGGUCGAUGCUACCCGAUGCAGUGGACGAUUAUAAAGUGAACAAUCCAUUCUCUCAGGGUCAUGAGGCCAUUUUCUACUCCUUCUACGUCGUUUUCAACAAAUUCGCCUCUGGCGUUUCACUGGGCAUCUCCACUCUCAGCUUACACUUUGCGGGUUACGUGUCGAGGGCAUGUGUUCAGCCAGACUCCGUCAAUUUAACCCUGAAACUGCUGGUGUCCGCGGCGCCCGUCUCCCUCAUCAUCCUCGGCCUGCUUAUCUUUAAAUCCUACCCCAUCAAUGAGGAGAGAAGGAGAGACAACCGAGACCGCCUGCAGGCCCUUCUGAAUGAAAGUAGUGAAGAGGAUAGUUCCGGAUCAUCAGGACAUUCCGUCUGAUCUAUACACCGAUUGAGGACUCGCACAUCUUUGUGUGUGUGUGUGUGUGUGUGUGUGUGUGUGUGUGUGUGUGUGUUAAUCUCGAAGUGCCUUAUUAAGACUUUUUCACCUGGUGUUGUAGGUGAAAGACGACAGAAGACAUUUUUGCACUUGUUAAUUUUGCACUUGGUCAACUUGUUCUACUGCAUGGUGGUGUUUAAUAGUGGUGAUAACUCUCCUAUUGGAGACCUGGAACUCUGACCUCCAUCUCCUUUGCUCUGGUCCUAAGACUUAAUGUUUCAGCUUUAACUUUCUCUUACGCCCUGCUUGCAGUGUGCGUGUACCCGUGGAUGUUACAGGAAUUUGUACUCCAGCAUAAGAGAAGUGUGCUGGAGUGCUGGAUCAGCCUCGAUCUGCUUGGACCAAUGAAUUCUGUGUAAGUUUGCAUGAUGUCCACUCAAUCCUUUAUUUCCAGCUCGAACACAGCCUCGGAUUGCAAGUGGAAGUAGAGGAAGGCAAAUUAAAACGGAACACAGAACACUGAAGCUUUGGUUGCAAUUUCAUCUGAAUAAAUAUUUAAAUUCUUUAUGCGUUAAAUUCAACACAUGCAUUCUCGCCAGACUUUGCCGCCUCCGUGUGGCUGAUCCAAAUAAUACUUUUUUUUACUUAAUGCAAAUAAAUACCAAAAGAAUUUCUAUAUAAGAAUCUACAUAAAUCUAAAGAUUUCUUACCUUAAAAAAGGAUAUUUUCGAGAGUCCAAGAAAACAGAUGAUGUUAAACAAACAAUAAAAAAGAAUAGACCAAUUA